GAAUGUGGCAGUAUUGAUUAGGACCAUCGCUCGUGUGGCGACAUAAUUUUUUUUCAUCUUUUCUUCAGUUUACCUUUAUCUUACACAUGCUAGCAUUCAGAAAUAAACUGAUCGACGGGAUGAAGGGUAAACAAUCAAACGACGGGGCCUCUUACAAGGAAUUUGAAUUCGCAGCUGUAGUAUGUAACAAUUCGAUUUCAAGCACGGUGGGAAAGGAUAUUCUUGCCGAGGGAGGUUCCGUUGUCGAUGCUGCGAUUGCGUCUAUGUUAACACUUGGUGUGAUAUCGCUUCAAAGUGCCGGUAUCGGAGGCGGAUGUAUCAUGAUUUACUACGAUGCAGAAUCUGGAAACGAAUAUUCUAUUGAUGGAAGGUCGAUCGCUCCUUUGGCAUUAACAAAUGGCAAAUUUUAUGUAGACAACAAGUAUGGGCAAACGUACGGGAAAUCCUCCAUCGGAAUUCCCGGCGAAAUUCUGGGAUUCUGGGAAGCUCAUAAGAUGUUUGGAAAACUACCAUGGUCACGCGUAUUUGAGCCCGCAAUUCUAGUAGCUGAAAAAGGGUUUAAAAUGACUUCGUCCACAGAAAACUGGCUGGACCUCAUGAUGCCAUUGGUGCAAGAAAACAAACGGUUGAAAAAAUUUCUCCAACGUUCGGAUGGAACAUUUAAAAGAGCUGGAGAUAUAAUAACACGGCCGACCUUAGCUGUAACUCUUCGUACAAUAGCAACAAAAGGAGCUGAUGCCUUUUAUAACGGAAGUUUGACUCAAUUGAUAUUAGAUGAUAUACACGAUGGGUUCGGAUUUCCGUCUGUGAUCGAAAAGAAAGAUUUCACUCAAUAUAGAGUUCAAAUGAAAGAAACGGUCAAGCUGCAGCUGAAUGAGAAUCUUACGCUGGUUGUACCAGGAGCGCCAUCAGGAGGACCCGUGCUCGCCUAUUUACUUGGCAUUCUUAAAGGCUAUCAAUUUAACGAUGAUGAUUUGCGUGAAAACAAAAUUUUGACAUAUCACCGAAUUAUUGAAGCGAUGAAAUUUGCAUAUUGUAAAAAAAGAAGGCUCGGAGAUACAGAUUUCUAUCCACAUAAUAUUAAGAAGAUCGUCGAUGAAAUGCUUACUGAAGAAUAUUGCGAAGAAAUAAGAAUGAAAAUUGACGAUUUCGAAACUCAUCCACAAGAAUAUUACGAAGAAAUCCUUCCACUUCCGGAAGAAUGUGGGACGGGGCAUUUGGGAAUUGUCGGUCCAGAUGGAAGUGCAAUUGCUAUGACCAGCACAAUAAAUAGAGCGUUUGGCAGCCACGUUUAUGGCGAACGAACUGGCAUCAUAUUCAAUGACCAGAUUGUGGCAUUUGUGAAUGACGGUCUUGCGGAUGCCGAUAAAUCAUAUAACAGGAUCCAACCCGGCAAAAGAUCAUUGACUUACAUUGCUCCAGCUAUUAUACUCAAUCGAAAUAUAAAAGAUACGUCCGUGAAAAUGGUAUUUGGCGGUUCUGGAGGCACAUUUCUCCUAAGUUCGGUUGCUUGGUCAAUCAUACAACAUUUGUGGUUCAACAAAAGCAUUGACGAGGCGAUCAGAUCAAAAAGGCCAACACAUCCCGGCAGGGAAGCAAAUAUAUUGUAUUUAGAAGAGAAUAUGGACGAGGAAGUAGUUCAAGGACUCAAAGAACGUGGCCAUGAUGUAAAAAUGUUAAGUGGAUACAAGUCUAACGUUCAUGCUAUUGUGAGAUUGGAUAACAAUAAACUGGCUGCUAAAGUCGACGAUAGAAGAGGAGGAUCUCCAGACGGAUAUUAGUUGUUAAAAAUAAUGUAACAUUGUGUAUCUCACGUAUAGCUUACACGCGAGAUGAGAUUGAAAUCUAAUGGUAUCUUGUAUCUAUCUACGUUUUCUCGGGGAAAAGUUUCAUAGUAGCAAUUGUAAUUAUUGGGAACUGUGAAGUAAUCAAAAGUUUUUGCGCUAACCUGUGUUUGUGUGUAAUAAAAAAAUGGGGGUUUAAAAUACAAACUAUAUUCACACAGCGACUUAAACCGUUUGAGAGCUUAAAGAAAAAUCCUAAAUUAGUUUUUAAUGGAAAUAUAUAUUAUAUAUAUAUGUCUUUUAUGUAUUGCUUUAUAUUGCUUACUUUGCAUUAA